AUGCCGCCCCCUUUGCGCAACCGGCUUGACCUCGACGUCUACCAGGUAAUCAAGCGGCUCGAGCAAAACAGCAACGACGGCAAGCUCUUCAAGACGGUCGGCGCCGCCUAUACGGCCGUCAAGACGUCCAACUCGAGCCUCAGCCGGCAAAAAAAGCGUCCGCUCGAGGAUGCGCUGUUUAGAGUCCUCGACGUGCGCAAGCAGGAGGAGGCGGCCGACGAGAGCGAUGAUUCAGAGGCGGCAAUUGAUGUAGACGAUCCCAACGACAAGAGCGACGAGCGAUUUCUGCUGAACCGGCAGAUGACGAGGCAUUGGAAUGUUGAGCCGGCGACGAUGCCGGCAGCGACGAUCAAUGGCGAGCAGCCAGCCAAGAAGAAGCGAAGGGUAGAUGCGGCGCAAGGUGACGAGAGGAGCGCAGUGUCGACACCGAAAGAGCUCACAGAGAGCAAGCCGGCCGAUCACAGCAAGCUACAAAAGAAACAACCUCGAGGUCCACUCUUCGAUGUCGAAUCACAUGUUGACCGUCCAAUAUUGGGGGGUCUCGGGAAAGCAUACAACAGCCUGUUGUUUGACUUGGAAAAUCUGCUCGUGGUGCCGCAAUGCUAUGACCCGAGCGACGAGCGUCUCCUCGGUAUCCUCCUCACCGGCCCCUCGGGCGUCGGCAAGUCGUCCUACAUCCGCUCUUUUGCCGCACAUAUGGGUAUCGCCCUCAUCAACAUGACGCGGUGCUUUGAUGAACCCGAGCGCAUUGACAAGAGCCUCACCGAAGCGUUCGACGCUGCGCUCGCGUCAGCGCCAUCCAUACUCUAUGUGGAGCAUAUCGAGCACUUCCUGCCCAAGACGAGCGACGCAUCGCAGAAUGAGCAGCAGCAUCUGCGCGCGCUGUCCCUGUUCAAGAGGCAGAUGGGGCGCGUCAAGGCGCAAAAGGCGCAUGUUGUUUGCAUCGCGACGGCGGCGCGCGAGGCAGACGUCAACAUGACGCUGCUUACGGGGGGCUGGUUCGACGUGCGUCUACAGCUAUCCGUACCCAACAUCAAACAGCGCGAGGACAUUUUGCGCGCCGUCAUCGACCAGCGAGCCGUAGACGACCAGCUGGAUUUCGCCAGCCUCGCCAAGAAGAUGGACGGCUUCGUCGGGGGAGACAUUGCCCAGGUUGUGCGGCACGCCGUGCGCAACGCCGCUGGCCGUUCCCGCUCCACCUACUACCCCAAUCCCGACAAGACCAUCUACGACGACCAAGAUGACAACGAUGACAGCAUCGCCGUCACGCGGGACAGCUUACCGCUCACACUCGCCGACUUUGCCGCCGCCCUCGACGACUACGUGCCUAUGCUCCGCAAGGAAGGCUUCACUGCCGUUCCCGACGUCACCUGGGACCAGGUUGGCGGCCUCGCCUCCGUCCGCGCCCAGCUGCAGCUCUCCAUCGUCGGUCCUAUAGCCAACCCAGCGCUCUACGCCCACUAUGGCCUGACGCGCGCCGGCGGCUGCCUCCUCUGGGGCCCGCCCGGCUGCGGCAAGACGCUCGUUGCCCAGGCCGUCGCCAACGAGGCCCAAGCCAGCUUCAUCCUCAUCAACGGGCCUGAGCUGCUCAACAAGUACGUCGGCGAGUCGGAGCGCGCCGUCCGCGAGCUCUUUUCCCGCGCCCGCUCCUCCACCCCCUGCAUUUUAUUUUUUGACGAGUUCGACUCCAUCGCGCCGCGCCGCGACGGCGGCGGCGCCUCGGAAGCCGGCACCCGUGUUGUCAACGCUCUCCUCACCGAGCUCGAUGGCGCUCGCGGCCGCGACGGCGUUUACGUCAUCGGCACCACCAACCGGCCCGACAUGAUUGACGACGCUAUGCUCCGGCCCGGCCGUCUCAGCAAACAGCUGUUCCUCGAUCUUCCCACCGCCGCCGAGCGCGUCGAUAUCCUCCUCGCCAUCUACCGCACGCGGCACGUUGGCGCGACCGACGCCGAGUUUGCGCGGCUCGACCGCAUCGCGCGAGAUGAGCGGUGCGAGGGCUUUUCCGGCGCGGAUCUGAGCGGCCUGCACGAGCACGCGGCCGAGUUUGCCAUUACCCGUUACUUGCAGGCGGGCGACAGCGCGCCCAUGGGGGAAAUUAGCGAUCAUGACUGGGAGGCCGCGCUCAGGAUCACGCGGCCGAGCGUGACCAAGCCAGAGGUGUAUAGAAAGUUAAGGGCAAAAUUGGCUGGUGGCGUGUAG